AUGGCAGGCACUAAACGAAGAGACAGAGCUCCCAGACAGCGUCUACUAGACGCUCAAAGACAUCCCCAUUCUACAGGCAAGAAGCCUUCGAGAGGCACAGGGCUGGAUCUGCAAGAUAAAGAUCACCUGUUAGUCUGCGAAGCGGCUGAUGUCGCGCACCGGUUCACGGAGAUAGAGAGGGAUGGGAUCGCAUCCAAUUGGGACCCAGGCUGUGACUCUGAGGAGGGGAAAAGAGAGGAGUCAGAGAAUGCGCACAGUGUGAUGACAGAGGCACACCUUGAGAGCUCUGCUGAUUUUCUUCAGCAAUUGCACGCUGAAGAACCUGUUCAUGAAAAACAACACCGCUCUCUGAACGACCGCAGCAGGGGCUACAAUGGGAGAUCAAAGACCACUCAACGACGCAACGUGAAGAAGCGUGCCACUUGGAAAGCGGGAGGCAACCAAUUCAUCUCGGAGCUCUUCAAGAUCGUUCCGAAGCCAUCUGCCCAGCAGGACACACCUCAGGUCGAUUCGGAGAUGGAGAUGGACGACGAAAUCGAGAUUGUGGGUAGUCCACAGCCCAAGACGCGGACUGGAUCGGGUCAGCCCCUCGAGAUCAUUCCGAAGCCAUCUGCCCAGCAGGACACACCUCAGGUCGAUUCGGAGAUGGAGAUGGACGACGAAAUCGAGAUUGUGGGUAGUCCACAGCCCGAGACGCGGACUGGAUCGGGUUGUGAGAUGACGAUGGAUGCGGACUCGAUAGAGGAGGGAUCUCUCACCGGCUCGGAGGCCUUCGAGCCUCAACAACCGUGUUCCCAUCUCAACAACAGUCCAACACCGUACAAAGCGCGCACAGCACUGAACAAGCUUUGCGAGGAUGCCGAGAAGCUCCACCAAGAAGCGGUCGAGCUCGAUCAGUCAGAACGUGCAUUGAGUGCAUUGACUUGGCACAAUCUUCCGGCUUUGAGAAAGGCCCUUGCCGGACUGUCCUUGAAGGUGAAGGACAAGCAGAUUGAUGUCUUCUUCCGAGCUCGCAUUGUCGCAAUGGUUGCCACUCUCAAUAUGUAUCUCGACAAAAAUCUUGCCUGCACCUGCUGGAUCCGCCGUUUCCUGAGCUCGGGCGAGCUUCCUGUGCAUCACUAUGGCGAGUUCCACCCCUCCAUGCUUGACGACGAAGACUUCUCCGUAGACCUUCAAGCUUAUCUCCUUGAGAAGGCUUUGAACGGUUACUUCUCUGCCCAGGACAUUGUUGACUUUGUUGCUAGCGACGAGGUGCAGAAACGAUUCGAGGGCAAGAUCAAGCCUUCAAUCCACAUUCGCACUGCUCAUCAUUGGCUUGAGAAACUUAACUGGCGUUUCCGGACAAAGAAGAAGGGGAUGUACGUCAACGGGCACAAGCGGGAGGAUGUGGUUGAGUACCGUGAGGGUUUCUGCCAGCGCUGGAAGAAAUAUGAGACAAGAAUGAUUCUGCGUGGAGCCGACGGGGAAACCAUCAGCCAACCGAAUGGUUUUCCUGUCCCACAGUGGCCACGCUUCCUCUUGAUCCCUGUCACGCAUGACGAAUCUACAUUUUUCAGUCGUGACUGUCGCAAGGUCUUUUGGCAGAAUGAUGAAGUUGGUCCUGAACCGGAGCGGAAAGGAGAGGGAGAGUCCAUCAUGAUAUCGGACUUUCUGACCCCCAAAGGCCGGCUUGUAGAUGACGACGAUGAUUGCCGUCUUGUCUUUGAGGCAGGGAAGAACCAGGAUGGCUACUUUGCAAAUGAACACCUUCUUGAGCAAACCACCCGUGCAAUUGAUGUCUUUGAAUCAAAGUAUAAUGGCAGAUGUACAGGACUGUUUCUUUUCGACAACGCUCCUAGUCAUCAAAAGCGUGCACCUGAUGCCCUCACUGCUCGAUCAAUCCCAAAACGACCAUCAGCCACCUGGACACCACAUGCAAACGGGCCCCGGAUGCGGAAUGGGCACUUUGCUGAUGGCCGUGUCCACAAUUUCUACUUUCCGUCGAAUCACCCGACCAUGCCUGGCUGGUUCAAAGGCUCGGAGGUCAUUUUGAAGGAGCGGGGGCUCUUGCAGGACAGUCUCCGUGGUGCAUGCAAGGAGGCAUGUUUCAAGAGCAAAAACCAGGACUGCUGCUGUCGGAAGAUUCUCUUCUGCCAGCCUGACUUUGUCAAUCAGAAGUCAGCACUUCAAGAGCUUGUCGAAGAACCACCUCAGUUACCACCGCCAUCACCCGGUUGCACCCCCGCGGGGGUCCUCCUGGGUACCCUCAGACGUAGCUCUGAGGGUACCUAA